AUGGACCGACAUUGGAAUUUGUUGGAUGAAUUCGAUUUAUUAUCAAACAUUCCUAAUGAAUUUCAUGGAUUGAUAGAGUCAAAAAAAUGGUCAGAUAGACGUGAUGCUUUACAGUUGAUUAUCGAUUUAUGCAGUAAAAAUCCGCGACUCAAUUGCCAGGGUAACUACAGGGAACUUAUUAAGAAAUUUUUGGAAAUUGUGGAAAGUGACUCGAAUGUAGUCUGUGUUGCUCUUGCCGUUCGUUGUAUAACUGUUUUGGUCCAGGGAUUAAGAAAGCAUUUUAAACCAUUUACGUCACAGACAACCAUCGUUAUUUUGAAGAAAUUCAGAGAAACAAAACAGAACGUACGUAACGCUUUGGUUGAUUGUGUGGAUACACUGUUCCUUUACAAUGAUUUGAAGUUAUUACAAGGACCAAUAGUUGAGACAUUAAAAGAAAGCACGAGUCCUGCUGUUGUUUCCAACACUCAGUUAUGGAUAUACCGAAUGCUUUUAUACUGCUCGGCUGAAAAUGAAGUCCUGACUUUUGUAAAAGCCGUAGCAUCAUUUGUGGUUGAGCAUUCAUGCAGUGGCGAUGCCUCUGUACGGGAUGCAAGUUAUAUGAUUUUUGCCGGAGUGUGGAGGAUUUUUGGCGAAAAACCUACUAGCACGAUAUUCAGUAAUGCAUUUGAUGAUGUUGUAAAAAAAAAAAAAGUAGAUGAAUAUUACGCAAAGGCUGUUGCUGAAGCUGAAGAAAUUGAAAAAAAUCGUCAGAAGGAGCAAGCUGAUAGGAACGGUGGUGAAGGCGGAUCAGCUGUGGACGAUAAAUUGGAUAAAGUCGACGUGUUGGAAACCACAUCCGGUGUCGAAAAAGUUGAUGUUUGGGAAACGUUAGAGCCUGUUGAUAUAUCUCCUGAUCUACCGAGCGAUUUUGAGUCAUUGGUCAUGUCUAAGCAGUGGAAAGAGAGGAAGGAAGGUUUAGAGGCUCUUCUUACUGUUUUGGAGAAGAAUCCGCGACUAAAAUUCUGCUCUGGUUGUACUAAUCUGAUCGAUACAUUGUCAGAGAUAUUGGGAAAAGACGUUAAUAUCAAUGUGGCAGCGCUUGCUGCGAAGGCCUUGUCUUUUUUAGUUGAAGGGUUGCGCUACGAUUUUGCCCCGUACAGUUCAACAGUCCUUGUCAAUGCAUUUAAUAAAUUUAAAGAAAAAAAGGCCGUAUUGCGCAACCCUGUAACCACUCUUGUUGAUACUGUAGGAUUCUUUGCGCCUCCUUCAAAUUACGUCGGAUGUGUUCAAGAUUCACUGGAAGCUGGAAAUCCCCAAAUCAGAUCACAGACCACAUUGUUUUUGUCCCGCCUUUGGAAGUAUCAUGACGGGUCUUGCUUGCCUGUUUCUUUUGUAAGAGACGUUGCCGCUUCACUGGUUAAGCGUGCUUCCGAUUCAGACCCAGAAUGUCGAGAAGCUGCUUAUGCUGCGAUUGGAGCAGUUAUGAAAUCAACUGGGGAGGAUGGAGUCAGGUCUUUGUUCACUGAAGUUGGGCAAGAUGAGAUUAAAAUGUCUAAGGUAAGAAGUAAUUGUGAAAUGUUCGUAAAAGAAUGUGGGCUAAAGGCAGAUAGCAGAAUUAUGAGACUUUAUGAAGCGUUUGGAGUGCCUAGCGCGUCUGGUGAACCAAAAAAAGUUAAAAGCCUUGGAACAGCUUCUACCAGGAACCUUAAAAGGACUGGCCCUUCGCAAGGCCAGCCCGCUGUGCGUAAGAAGAAUUCUGGAAUGAGACCGAACAUAGCAUGCUCAUCUAGUUCCAGCUCAAAAAUGGAAUGUGGAAAAGCGGUCGGGCCCAAAUCUGCAUUUUCUGAAGCAGUUCGAGGGAAAGUCGGUACAGUUUUACAGCAAAAGAACAUUCAAAGUUGCGAGGUGAUAAAUGGCGCCACAGGCACUUCAGAAUUGGUGGAACAAUUGCAAGUGGACUCGCCACUUAGCAAUGAUGAUGUCAUUCACGAUGCUUUGCAGGAAAAUAUACGAGGCAAAUCUCAACAUUUCAACCACUUGAGCGAAGUAUUGGAUAAUGUUUAUCAUUCUGAAGAUGGGGGUUUUUUGAAAACGCAAAUUAAGCUUAUCCCAAGGCCAAGAAGUCAGCCUUCGUUAACAGCAAAGUAUUCAUCAUUACAGUCAAGAAAGAGCCGUAUACCUCUUCUCUUGUCUAAAAGAUAA